CGUUCUGGUCUGUGCAAUGUUCUGCUUCUGUCACCUCUUCAACAAUCCGCUUCCUGCUAUUCAGUUACUGAACUCCAAGAGACCUGGCUCUGCGCUUUGGCCUUCACACAGGAGAUACAUAGAUUAUGUCUGCAGGAUGGUGUCUGAGAAACCCACACUGCCUCACUGCAAGGCUCUCAUUAUAAAGUCCGUUACUAUGAGCCCUGUCCCGAGCUUCAACAAACAACGCACUGGUUGUCGACCUUUCUGUGACAUCCUCAUUGGAGAAACAAAGAUAUUCUCAACAGCACAGGAGUAUGAGAGAAUGAGGGAGCACAAAGUCAUGGAAGGGAAGGUGAUGAUUCCUCUGGGGGUCAGUGUGCACGGGGAUGUGGUUGUUUCACUGUUUCACAUGAGAUCCACUAUUGGAGGAAGACUUCAGGCCAAGUACACCAGUCAGAUUGGCUGCUCAUAG